AGCUGGCGGCGGUGCUGCGGUUGGGAGGGAGUGCGGCAGGAGCCGCGCGGCCGAGGACUGAGGAAUUCCCGGGCCGGACGAACCGCCUUUACAGCGGUCGCCUUCUGGCCAACGCUCAGGACCCAGCGGAGAGCGUCACAGCCAUUACCACACUGAGUGACACACUUGAGAGGUCUUGAGAAGCCUGUGGGAAUCAGCUCUUUGUGACUGUGGGCUCCUUCCUGCUGCUGUUCAGAUCUGGCUUAGGAGACCUGUACUUUCCAGGCUGUUUGCACAUGUCCGGUCCUGCGAUUGAUUUCUGCUUGACAGAUUAACCAAAAGAAAGAGGACCUAAUCUGUCUACAUUCUGAGUGCUGCUCUUGGCAAGACCUUUGUUACAGGCCUUCAGGCCAAUUCUGCUCUGCUACCUUACCUUAACCCCCAGACAUCAUUCUGGGGUCCACCUGAGGUUGGCAGUGUGAAGAUGACCAGUGCCUUCCUAGCAUGACGACUUUGGACCAUGUGAUUGCAACCCAUCAGUCAGAGUGGGUCUCCUUCAAUGAAGAGCCACUCUUUGCCACCCCUUCCAAGGGGGGUACCGAAGAGCACCUCCCAGCAUUGUCAUCUUCCUCAGACCAGUCUGAGAACUCCUCUGCGGAGAACCACGUGGUGGAUGGGGGCUCUCAGGACCUUUCCCCCUCGGAGCAGGAUGACUCCUCUGAAAAGAUGGGCCUUAUCUCUGAAGCAGCUUCUCUACCUGGGACCCCUGAGCAGCCCCUACCUGAUCUGGCUUCAGCCAUCAGCAGCUGGGUUCAGUUUGAAGAUGACAUGCCCUGGGCCAGCACAUCACCACCUCAUAAAGAAACAGCCCUACCAUUGACCAUGCCCUGCUGGACGUGCCCUUCCUUGGACUCCCUACGAAGAUGCCCUCUGACAUCUGAGAGCAGCUGGACUACCCAUUCUGAAGAUACCAGCAGUCCUAGUUUUGGCCGUUCAUACACAGACCUGCAGGGCAUCAAUGCUGAGGAGCAGACGAGUGGUCAGGCUUCUGGGGCUGACUCAACUGACAAUUCUUCUUCACUCCAGGAAGAUGAAGAGGUAGAGAUGGAGGCCAUCGGCUGGCAGGCCAGCAGUCCAGCCAUGAACGGGCAUCCCGCCCCUCCAGUGACCUCUGCUCGUUUCCCCAGCUGGGUCACUUUUGAUGACAAUGAAGUCAGCUGCCCUUUGCCACCAAUCACCUCUGCUCUGAAGCCGAAUACACCACCUAGUUUAUCAGUGAUCCCAGAUGUACCUUGUAACUCAACAGGGUCAUUUAAGAAGCGAGACCGUCCCAAGAGCACUUUGAUGAACUUGCCCAAAGUUCAGAAGCUGGACAUUUCCUCUUUAAACCGUCCACCUUCCAUAACGGAGUCUCCACCCUGGAGCGCAACUAACCCUUUUCUGAAUAAGACUCUGCAGGAUGUACAGCCCUCCCCUAUCAACCCUUUUAGCGCUUUUUUUGAGGAGCAAGAGAGGCGCUCCCAAAACAGUGCCAUUUCCAGUACCACAGGCAAAAGCCAGAGAGAUUCCCUUAUUGUCAUCUACCAGGAUGCCAUCAGUUUUGAUGACUCAAGCAAAAACCAGUCACAUUCUGAUGCUGUUGAAAAACUCAAACAACUGCAAAUUGACGAUCCUGAUCAAUUUGGUAGUGCAACGCUCCCUGAUGACGACCCAGUAGCCUGGGUUGAACUAGAUGCUCACCUACCUGGGUCAGCACCAUCCCGGUGCAGGGAUGGUUGGCCAAUGAUGCUGAGAAUCCCUGAGAAGAAAAACAUCAUGUCUUCCAGGCACUGGGGACCAAUCUUCAUCAAACUGACCGACAGUGGCUACCUGCAGCUAUAUUAUGAGCAGGGCCUAGAAAAACCAUUUCGUGAGUUCAAGUUGGAGAGUUGCCAUGAGAUUUCAGAACCCCGGCUUCAGAACUAUGAUGAGAAUGGCAGGAUCCACAGCUUGCGGAUAGACCGUGUCACCUACAAGGAGAAGAAGAAGUACCAGCCCAAACCUGCUGUGGCCCACACGGCAGAGAGGGAGCAAGUGAUUAAGCUGGGUACCACCAAUUACGAUGACUUUCUGAGCUUCAUCCAUGCAGUUCAGGACCAGCUCAUGAAUCUCCCAGUGUUGUCAAUGGACUUGAGUACAGUUGGCUUGAGCUACCUUGAAGAGGAGAUCACAGUGGAUGUCAGAGAUGAAUUCUCUGGUGUUGUCAGAAAAGGAGACAACCAGAUUCUCCAGCACCAUGUCUUGACACGGAUCCACAUUCUGAGUUUCCUUUCUGGGCUUGCAGAGUGCCGCCUGGGUCUCAAUGACAUCCUCGUCAAAGGGAACGAAAUAGUUUCACGGCAGGACAUCAUGCCCACCACCACCACAAAGUGGAUCAAGCUCCAUGAGUGCCGCUUUCAUGGGUGUGUGGACGAAGAUGUGUUUAACAACUCACGGGUUAUUCUGUUUAACCCCCUGGACGCCUGCCGGUUUGAGCUGAUGCGGUUCAGGACGGUGUUUGCUGAGAAGACCUUGCCUUUCACACUCAGGACAGCAGCAAGCAUCAAUGGGGCGGAAGUGGAGGUGCAGAGCUGGCUGAGGAUGUCAACUGGCUUCUCCUCUAAUAGAGACCCCCUCACUCAGGUUCCCUGUGAGAAUGUGAUGAUCCGUUACCCUGUGCCCAGUGAGUGGGUGAAAAACUUCCGUAGGGAGAGUGUCCUGGGGGAAAAGUCUUUGAAAGCCAAAGUGAACCGGGGGGCAAGUUUUGGCUCCACUAGUGUCUCUGGCUCUGAGCCUGUCAUGAGGGUCACCCUGGGAACUGCCAAGUACGAGCAUGCCUUCAACUCCAUUGUGUGGAGGAUAAACCGACUGCCUGACAAAAACUCAGCUUCUGGUCACCCACACUGUUUCUUUUGCCACCUUGAACUUGGCUCUGACCGGGAAGUGCCUUCCAGAUUUGCCAACCAUGUGAAUGUUGAUUUCAGCAUGCCCACAACUUCUGCCUCCAAAGCUGCUGUAAGAUCCAUCUCUGUGGAAGACAAGGCUGAUAUCAGGAAGUGGGUCAACUAUUCUGCACACUACAGCUACCAGGUGGAAAUUGAGCAAAAAAAAAGUUUGAAGCCAGACUUCGAAGGAGAUGAAACGGAAAAUCCCAAGGAGUGUGGAGUACAGUGACAAGACCCUACAGCAAAGAACCCUGACUCAAGAGUCACGACAGGGUGUCAUCUUACCUAGCUGAAGCUUAAGUCAAUGCCUGCUGUGGCCACUCCCAAGUUGGGAACAGUGUGUCAGACCGUCCUGUUCGCAGUUACGUGCGUUUUAACAGGAAAUCCUGAGGUGGUUGCUUUGGAGAAGCUCUUUGACUCUGCUCACACCUGAAGCACAUGGUUUACCUGACUUCUGGGACUGACAGUAUAAUUAAGCCUCCUUAUCUCUCUCUGCUUAUCUCACAACACUGGAAUGUGCUUUGUUUUGACAGGAGAGAACCUCCCACAUCAGUGUUGACAUGAUUUCCUUGUGAAAGUCAUCUGUCACUCACAUGAGUUUCUAGAAAAGACCGUCUUGAGAAGUUAAGUAAGAAUCUAUCUUUUGCUCCCUCUAGAAAAGGUUCAGAAAAGGUGCAAAUAAAUUUCCUCUUUGGGUCUACUAGACCUUUGGCAGGUCUGUCUGUUCUGUGAUUGUUAACACUAUACAACAGAACUUUUGACAUGUUUCCCUCCUGGCUCUAGAUUGUUUAGAUUGAAACCCUUUUUCUAUCUUUCUAAGGUUGGUUUCAGUCCCAGGAUUUGCUAUCCUGAGUUAUAAUAGACAAUGGAUAGACCCAAUAGGAUACGUUUUUAUUCUGUGAAUGGACCCACAUUCAUCAAAAGGGCAACUAUUAAAGGAAGGCACAAGAUUAAGCUUAUUUUUCUUCAUUCUGGGGAAAAGAGACAUUAAGUGUAAGAUUAUAUUCACUUUUCAGAAGAUAGUUUCAAUCUUAGUGAAUACCUAAAUUCAUACUGAAAAAGACAGGCUACUUCUGAAUCCUGAAACAACUAUGGGCAUAUAUUACCUCAAGCAUUUGUAAAGGGCAUUUGGGAGUUCUUUUUAUACCUCAUAGUCAGUAGACCAGUGUAUGUCUCCUUAACCCAAACUUUAUGUAGGAAAUUUAGGCUGAAAAGAUAAUUUUAAAAGCUAUUCUAAAAUUAAGCUUGAAUGAGCUUUCCCCCAAAAUUCAGAAUUUAAUAAUCACAGUAUUUUAAUAGAUCAAAAAGGUCUCUCUAGCAUAAAGAGGGGGGAAAAACCAUAUUUUUCUAAUAUUGGGUAUAUUGAAAUCCUGAGUUCAGUGGUCAGAACUCCCUUUUUCCUCCUUCUGUUCCUAGGACAGUCAUCAUCUUUCUCGACUAUCCCUGCUCUCUUCUGCCUCUUAUUUACACCGUGGUGUUCUCUCCAGUGAAGAAAAGAGCGAGGGGACAGGGGGCAGACAUGAGCUCAUUUGCCAAUGAGGCAGAAAUAGACAGCAGUAUCUCCAGUUUGGGGAGCUGUUAGAUUCAAGAUUAAUUUAUUAAGUGAACAGUCAUUGAAUACUAACUAUGUACUGACACUAGCAUAUAGAAACCUUUACAGUGUUCUGAAAUAAUCUGAAUCUAAGACUGAAACUAAAAGAGUGACAUUGCAUAGGCAUUAAUGAGAAAGCCUGUUCUGGGAUUUUAAACUGUGGCCCUCUGAGUAGAGUGGAGUGUGUAUUUGAUGGGAAGGAUAUUAGAAAGACCUGGUUUCACAGCAGUUUACAUAGAAAUGUUUUCUUAGGGAAAUGGAAGUUCAGUUUUAAAUUAGCAACACAUUGUGGCUAUUCACAAAGCUAAUGCACUCAACCUGUGUUAAAAGUUCAGGGAUGCCAUAAAGGUUAGUCUACAUCUAGUUGGAGUGUUGGGUACAAUUAUGGGUACCAUAUUUUAAGAUGAGUUAAUAAAUUAAUCAACUAAUAAUUGAUUGUGUCCAUAGGCAGGUGACCAGGGUUGUGAAGGGUCUGACUCUUUAGGGAACAAGGUAAUAGCUUUUGCAAAGAACAGAAGGUAUUGUGGGAAGCAGGAAGCAGGUGCAGACAAGGAGGGAAUGAUGUGAUAGCUGCCUCGAAAUUUCUGUUGAGCUGUAAAAUGGAAGGGGAAUUAGACUUCUUUGUGACUUUAAAGAGCAAAAUAUGAACAAAAAGGAACUUAACAGAUGACAGAUGAUGCUUCAAUAUAAAAAAUUUCUAGCAAAUGUUCUGAAGAGGAAUGGACUCAUAGUAAAAUUUCCUAUUGGUGCAAAUGUCUGAGAUUUAAAAUAACUGCCUACCUCAGGCGCUAUGAAAAGGACUCUGACAUUGGAUGUGGUCUUAGAUGACCACUGGGAUCCCUUCUAGAUGUAGGUGUAAUCUCAAUAAGGUUCUCUAAGUCAGUUGUCUUUUCUUUCAGAUAUGGUUUUUCAUGCUCUGUGAAAUACAGUGGAAUCCCUUUGAGGUCUUCGGCAAGGGAUUCCAAGGCAUAUUCUGCCGCCCUCCGUGCACUAAAGUAUUUGAGAUUCCUCAUAGAACAACCAGAUGGGUUAGGGAAUUGUCAAGGUGAAUGAAGGUCAUCCCGGCACCUUCUUUACUUAUUGAAGCCUAGAAUCCUGUCAAGAUCUCAGCCUCAUCUUUUGGUGUCACAUGUGUUUGUGAGAUCUUAUUUUUCCCCUCUUGGUUAAUUCUCAAUGCCUUCAUGCUUUUUUUCUUUCUUUUUUUUUUUUUUAAUAGAGAUGAGAGUUAUGUUGCUUGAGAUGGUCUCAAAGUUCUGACUUCCAGCAGUCCUCCUACCUUGGCCAUUCAAAAUGCUGGGAUUACAGGCAUGAGC